AUGAUCAUCUCGUCAUUCGUUGGUUCUUCAUUCAUUGCCACUAAAUUAUUUUCAGGAGAAGAAUCAUGGCCUUAUCAUGUCCAUUCACCUGUAGACACUACUCAUGAGGCACAUUUCAUUAAGAACAUUUGUGGUGAGGAUCAAUAUGUUCAUUCCUCAUCGAGUCAUCAUCAUCAUCAUGAGGAUCAGCACGAACAAAUUGAUUACUACUUGCAUGUCAAGAUUCACGGAUAUGGAUCACUGGAUGGAGAUCUCUCCGAGCUUGAACAAGUAAUGGGAUUACCAAUUGCCUCCAUCGAUAUACAUCGCCUCUAUAUUUCAACAAGUUCCUUUUACCCAUUAACUGAAAUGGAAAUGGCAUUAAUUCCUUACAAUGCUCAUGUUUUAUUAUACUCGUCUUCGAAAUUGGAAAAGGAGGUGCAAUUACAUAUUGGAUCCAUAGAGCAAGUCAAGCCACUCUUGAAGAACAAGCAAUUGCAUGUAUAUUUACCGUAUUCAUUUGUGACUGAACAACAGUGGCAUGAUAAGGCAAGAAGACAAUUCAUUUAUCGAAUUGACAGUCAAGAAGAAAAGAAUAUGAUUACACACUCAUGUGAAUAUUUAGAUUUAGAAAAGUAUUCGAAACUGUUACGUGUUUUAAGUAUUCAUGAUGAUGAAUCAAUGAAUGUGGAGAGAUGGGCAGGACAAAGCUGGUCGUUCUUUUUACCUUCCUACUGCUUUGAGAAGGGGAUUAUUGAAAAAUCAUUUUGUGAGAGUUAUGAUCCUUAA